CCACUAUAGUCCUCAGUCAGUCACGAGCUCCUCUUCUCCAGUUUGAACCCAACCCGCCGCCACCUCACUCAUUGACGACGCCAUGGCGACCACGGCGUCAGCGCCACCACCUCCCUAUAAAAAUGGCGGAGGAGACGGCACGCACAUGUUACCCAACUGACGUGCACAUUCUCCUUCUCACUCGUCACUCCACUGAUCCACUGCGAGCAACUACUCCGGUCAGUCCGUCGGGAAAUCUUGCGAGAAGGGAACAAUGGCGAGCUCCCGAGGCCGGUGGGCGAGCCCCGAGCGGACCGUCGUGUGGACGGAGCCGCCGCCCAAGCCAUCCUCCACCGCCAGGCGCGCCGGUGCGGCGGCGCUGCUGCCGACGAAGGUGGCCGUGGUGUACUACCUCGCGCGCAACGGCCAGCUCGACCACCCCCACUUCAUGGAGGUCGCGCUCUCCUCGCCCCACGACGGACUCUGCCUCAGAGAUGUGCUGGACCGGCUGACGGUGCUCCGGGGCGCCGGCAUGGCGGACGCCUACUCCUGGUCCUCCAAGAGGAGCUACAAGAACGGCUACGUCUGGCACGACCUCACCCCCGACGACCCCGUCCACCCCGCCAACGGCAACGAGUACGUCAUCAAGGGCUCCGAGCUGCUCCGUCUCCUGCCCGUGCUCGCGCCGCCGCGCCCGCGCGACGGCUCCGCCUCCUCCUCCUCCUCCACCUCCAGCUGCGACCCGAGCAAGACCAGGCCGCCCGCGGCCAGCGGCAGGGCGGCCCGGCGCAAGAACUGGAGCUCCUUCGACCUGGGCGAGUACCGUGUCGCCGCGGUCUCCCGCGGCGCCGACGCGCUCGCGGCGGACGCGGCCACGCAGACGGACGAGCGCCGCGGGCCCCGGCGCGGCCGGACCGCGGCGGCGGCCGAGCAGGAGGCGGCGGCGAGGACGGAGCUGGGCAUCGACGAGAUCUCGCCGCCGCCGUCGUCCAGCAGCCCCGACACGCUGGAGACGCUGAUCCAGCACGACGCCCGCCUCGCCCUCGCGAGCGCGGCCCCGACGCAGCCCGCCGCGGGAGCGGAGGUGGGCGUGAUCUCGGGCGGGCGGAUGCGCGCGUCGACGGUGCUCAUGCAGCUCAUCUCCUGCGGCUCCAUCCCGGCGCCCGCCAAGCGCGACGGCGGGCCGGCGCGGCGGCUCCCGCGCGGGCGGUCCGACCUGAGCAGCAGCACGGGCACGGGCACGGCCGCGGACGGGUUCUCCGGCAGCAUGUCCGGCGUGGGCGUGAGCAUGGAGCGGGAGUACUUCAGCGGGAGCCUCGUGGAGACCAAGAAGACUACGGCGAGGGACGACCGCGCCGGCGUCGGAGGCGAGCUGGGCGCGCUCAGGAGGUCGUCGUCGUACAAUGCCGACAGGGCAAGGGAUACGAUGAACACUAGCAGUUGCAACAAGUUUGAGCUGGCGGAGGAGGAAGUCGACGGAGUCCGUGCCCGGUGCAUCCCCGCCGGGAGGAAGCCCGGCAGCACCAACAGGUUACCGGCCAGCGGCAGGCGGAGCAGCCAGCCGGAACCUGCCGCGCUGACUGAAGAAAACUAGUCGGCGUGCACUGAACGUCUUGCUGCCGCACGCACUUCAGAGUUCUGUCAACAGUUUUCUCCAUAUUCCAACACAGCCCAGCAGCAUCCACGACAGUGAUUCGUUCCACGUCUAGAUCUAGAUAUAUAUCUCCUUGACUCAUGUACCUCGGUAGACUAGUUUUUUUUUUCUUUUUUUUUUUUUUGAACAAGUCGGUAGACUAGUUUGCGUCUUCGUUUCGGAAGAACGGAGAAAAAUAACACUUGUUUGUCGGUAGCAAAAAGUGUAGUAUGAAUAUACAGACUUGUCAACAAUCGUGGAAGCUCGAAGUACAUGUAGAUCGUUUUUUUUUA